CGGCGCCCAGUGGCGGUGUGAACUGUGAGGAGUUCGCCGAGUUCCAGCUGCUCUCUGUUCCUGUGCCUGGAGCUGUUGGGUGUUAGAGGACUCUGACAGUUUCAGGAAUUACUCAAGGUGAUGAGGACGAUUGAUGACAGAAUAGUACAUGAAUUAAACACUACGGUUCCAACAGCUUCCUUUGCAGGGAAAAUUGAUGCCAGCCAAACCUGUAAACAACUUUAUGAGUCUUUGAUGGAGGCUCAUGCUAGUAGGGAUAGAGUCAUAAAAAAUUGUAUAGCUCAGACUUCAGCAGUAGUAAAACACCUCCGAGAAGAGAGAGAAAAGAAUUUGGAUGAUUUAACGUUAUUAAAGCAACUUAGAAAAGAACAGACGAAGUUGAAAUGGAUGCAGUCAGAACUGAAUGUUGAAGAAGUGGUAAAUGACAGGAGCUGGAAGGUGUUUAAUGAACGCUGCCGAAUUCACUUCAAGCCUCCAAAGAAUGAAUAAAAAGAUACUUUUUUAAAAAGGACCGGGUCAUCUCAUAAGAGCUGAGCAUGACAGACAUCAACAAGGCGGGCUUCCUAGGGUGGUUUCUGAGCCAACAGUCCAAGACCUUGUGUUGAUUUCAGCCCCGCUUAGCCAAGACCUCAAGUAUAAAUAAUUCUGAUAAUUAUGGAUAAAUCAACUACUAUUUUAUACUGAUUCUGUGAAAAAAAGAUGUUUUGUAACUAUUAAAAUAAUUUUCUGA